CAAGAAUGUAAAAUUUCUGGUAUAGACCUUGUUUGCAUAUAAUGUCUCCUAAGAAAGAUGUAAAGAACUUAGCAGAACCUGAAUUUGGUAGAACGAUAAAGCUAUAUAUUUGGGAACAUGGAGACAUUUACGGUAAAUGUCACGAAGUUUUUAUAAAUCCAAAUCAACUUAGAACAUGGAAUAGUAUUCUAAUUUAUUUAACUAAUAUUAUAAAUCCAAUUUUUGGAGCAAUACGUAACUUAGUUUCUAUUAAAACUAAAAAAUAUAUAAAUUGCUUCAAAGAUUUAGAGAAUAGUGGAAGAUAUGUUGUUCUUGGAAUUGGUAAAAACGUAAAAUUUACUGAAAAUAAAUACAAAACUGGCUCAGAAAUGGAAAUGGAACUAGUGACAAAAAAACCUGUAAAGAGAUUUUACUCAGGAGAUAUAGGAGAGUCUGAAUUUAAAUUUUUAUGUGCCACACAGAAACGAAAAUUGACCAUCAUUUAUGUUCUUGUCAAUGCUUUAACAUGCCAGACUCCUUCAAAAGUAGUUUUAACCGGAAAUGAUCUGUUGGUGUGGGACACUACUUUAGACUAUUUGGCAAAAAUACUGGAUGUGCCAAAUGGAAUUCAACAUUUAUGUACCAUUUUUGGAGACAUUAUAUUUGAACCGAAUGAAUUACAACAUGGAUAUGUAUAUGUUGCACUGCCAUAUAAUGAAAAAUUUGUAGACAUGGAUUAUUUGUCAUAUUUUAACGAGUUGGAAGACUCCUAUAAGAAGAAAGGAUUACUCUUAAGUAUAAGACCUGCCCAGGAGAAAAAAUAUGGUAAAAAAAUACCGAAACUCAAAACAGUUAAGAAGAAAAAAAAAUUGCAGAUGGAGGGAAAAAAGUCUGUUACGAAUUCAGAUGCUGGUGAUGGAGUACAGAUACGAUCUCAAGUUCAAAUUGGAGAUAAAACUGCUGAGAACGAGUGUCAGUGUGAUCCAUUCAAUACUUGUAUGAAUUCAGCAAAAACACAAACUCUGCACAACGUUCAAGAUGAUGCUGUUGUUAAUUCACAACUACAUAAUGGUAACUCUAUUAAAUAUGUAAAUAAAUCUGUACAAAUUCGUGAGAAAAAGAAUCAAACUGCUGUACCAACAUCGGGAUUAACUACUAAAAUGGACAGGUUCUCCGGAGAAACCAAACGUACUGAAAAUAAACCAGAACCGAUUACCCAAAGAGAUUCAGGUCUCAAAGACACCACUGAUAUUAAUACAAGUACACCUGUUAUAAAAGCAAAUAAAUCUGACAUCAAGGAGAAGGCUAUAGAACAUUUUUCCAUAUCUGUUGUAGUUAGCAAAACUACUAAAGUAGUAAAUGAAAUAAAAACUGAACACAAUAUUUCCAAUCUUGAUUUGAGCAAAACUUGCCAAGCUUGCACUUAUUGUACAAACAUAGCGGUCAGUGGGACAUGUUCGGAUAAACUUGAAGUUAUAACAAAUAUUAUUAACGAUGUUAUUAUUGACACAUAUAAAAGAUUAAUGCAAACAGACGAUUUAAAAAAAGAUGACAACUUAGUACCUAUUGAAGAUACCACAAAAAAGAGCAUUACUAUUAAUGGUGGUGGCAGUGUCACUGAUAGCAAAGUAGAAAGAAUAAGCGCAGGAAAUGUUGACAGUGCCACUGAUGAGGUGAAAGAAAACAGCAUUGUUGCCCCUACUAUGAAAGAAGCAAAGAAUAUUUCUGAAAAAAAUAAAAUAAGUGCCACUGACACUAUUAGAGACAAGGAAACCAAAGAGAAACUUUCUAUUGUGCAGGAUAUGAAAGACACUAUGGAAUUUUCUAAAAUAAAUUCUAGCAAACCAAGUGGUAGUAAGAACUACAAAGUUAAUGAAAGUAACUACAUAUAUUCAGGCUGUGGACAUGUGCCUUCUGUACACAUUAAAAAUAAAACGUAUUUUAAUUUUUGUGAUUUGAAAUCGUGUCCGAGAAAUUCUUGUAAGGAUAUCAGAAUCAGAUAUUGUAAAAAGAGCAGUUCUGACUUAGACAAAACCUGUUAUCUUUAUGAAAUGACACCUAAAGUCAAGGAAUUUCAAUGUAACUCUUGCACUGCAGCACCUGUUGAUGAAAUAGAUAUGAUGGACAGAUUUUCUAAAGGAGAGAAACAAGAUAUUUCAAAAACUAUUAAAAAAAAGACUGUAUUAUAUAAAUCAGUUUCUGAAAAAGUGCAAUUAGGUUCAGUUACGACCCAAACUCAAACCCAAAGUAAAAUUCAAAGCGGUUUGUACAUGUACAGUCAGGGCACUGCAGAAAAGCCCAUACAAGACAGCAUGUCACUUGAUAGUAUAUCUGGGGAUGUCUCCGACACAAAGAUAAAUGAACCUACCAAAAAAGAAGAUACAAAUGAUAUACAGGACGAAUCUGAACAACUAAAAUAUAGAGAUGAAGUCUCAAUUGCUGUUAAUAUUAGUAAAGUUAACGGAUCGAAAAAUCCGUUUGAAGAUCACAAAAUCUCUGAACAAUAUUUAAAAACUGAAACACCUGUUAAUACAGAGAGGGGAAAUGAAAUUUCUAUAUCAAAAGUUACAUCAAAUGCAUCUUUUCUAGAGAAACUUACAUACAUUAAAGACAUUAUUAAUAGUAUUCUCAAAGAAGUAUUUGAACUGCAGAACAAUGAAGCUUUAAAAACAGAAGGCAUAGAAUCCAUUACCAAAAAGCAAGAAAAUGGGAAUAUUUAUUCCGAUUCUCGUGCCCAAAAAGAUAUAACAGAAAACAGUACUGUUGGUGUCUCUAAUUAUAGUAAUAAAGACACAUCCAAAAUGACUUUUAAUAAAAUGGAUGAACAUCAGAGUAAUAUAGAAAUACCAGUUGCUAAACCAAAAAAACUUCGAAAAUCUAAACCCUCAAAAUGUAAACCGGUACAAAUCUGUCCAAGGGAAAAAUCUAGAAAGAAAAUUUUUGAUAUAGACUGUCGCUGUGAACCAAAGAUGAGAGUAUCGGAAUGUUGCAUUUGCCCUAAAUAUCCACCAAUUUAUAAUAAUAACAAUACAAUAUUUGAAAGGGCAAGUGUUUCCACAAGAAAGAAGGUUAAAGCAAGCGAAGAUGGUAUAACUACCAGUAGAAGUAAAGCGAUCGAUACCAUGGAGGAAACAGUAAAAGAUAGAAAAGUAUCUGCUUCUACAUUGAGCAGACAAGGUAAUGAAGUAGUAGCUACUAAUGAAAAAUCCUUUAAGACUGAGAAACCUGAGAGGAAAAGUGAGAUAUCCGAAAGGAAGGGAACUGAAGAGUUAGAUCUAAACAAUCAGUCUAUUAUAAGUCGAAACUCUGCUGAAGACAUUGGUAAUAGAUCUGUACAGAUUGAAAGAGUUUUUUAUUCUAAAUCUAGAGAGAGGGAAAAAAAUGGAGGUUCCGAAUCAGAAGUAUGUAGUAGCGAAAGCGAAAUAUCUAUUGACUCAAUUGAAGAUUCAGCUUGCUGUAUUUGUGUUUGCCCUGUUAAAUAUAAGUUCAACUUAAACGGAGUUAAAAAAUAAGAGAAGAAGGUAGUUUCACAUUUAUUAAGGUAAAGCUAUUUUUUUCAUAUCCUAAGAUAUUUGAAAAAGUAAAUCGAUUUUAUGUCUAAAAAAAUGAUUGUAUAGAU